UAGUCCUUGAGUAGGGGUGCUACCUAAACACGUUUGUUUGUACAGAUAAUAAAGCUUAUAAAUACGGUAUAUGACUAUCCCAUUUUAUCGAACAUGCGAAGCAAGUCAUCAGCUUUCUUUGUGCCUACAGCUAAAGUCAAUAUGAUCUGCCUUUUUGUGGUCUUCGCUGCACUCACCUCAGGAGUUCUCGGUGGUUCCUUAUGUCCUCCAAGAGAGAAUAUUUAUCCUUGUACUUGUUUUAAUACUCGUGUAGGAAAGAAUUUAUAUCAUACCAUAGUAUCCUGCCAUAGACUGCGAAGCACGGAAUCCUUUGCACCGAUUUUUCUCUUUUUGAAAUCACUUAAAAUCGAUCAGUUUUAUUUGUUCGAUUCCUUUUGGGAUGCUCAUAUGUUGGGAGAGGAGCACAACAAGGUUCUUCCAAAAAAUUGGCUGACUACGCUCAAGAUAAAGGAGAUUGAUAUCGUCGAUAGUACUUUAGCAGCUUGCUUUGCUUGCAGUCCGAUGCUUACGUGUAGCAAUAGUGUUACAACCAGAUUCACCGUGUCAAACAGCACAGAGGGAGAAAAAAUAUGUACACUAUGCGAAACAGGAAAAGGAAAUAAAUAUUCAUGGACUGGUUGCAUGAAGAAGUUGCAGAGCUUUCACUUCAUUAACAGUCAGAUAACUCAAAUCGGUCUCGAUCUCUUUCCAAUGCCUAUGAGGGAUCUUGUUGUUUUGAACGUAUCAAGAAAUGCUAUAACAAAAGUGGAUUCAACAGUCUUUAAGAAUCUUAAAAAACUCAAGUCACUUGAUCUGUCUCAUAAUCAGAUCGAUAAACUGGAUGCUCUGUUUGCAUUCGAAAUGAAUUUAGAAUUUCUCGAUGUGAGCUGGAAUGUGAUUAAAACGAUAGGACAGCAGUUUUUCAAAAACCUACCACAAUUGAAGACAUUAAUUGCAGAAGCCAAUGACAUUGUUGAACUGAAAGAGGCCGACUGGAAGGAUGUAAAACCGGCUCUAAAAUUUAUAGAUCUCAGAGAAAAUCCAAUUCACUGUGACUGUGAUAUCAGAUGGAUCAACAGUACAUUCCACAUAAAUGUGGUAUUACAAGGAACGUGUGCUACUCCUGAAGAUUACGAAAAUUCCUUACUGAGAAAAGCAUCUCGUUUUUUAAUAGAGCGAUGUGACGAAGACGGUAAUAUAGGAACGAGAAAAAAAAUCGAAGCUACUGUGUCUUCAUUCUUAAGUUAAUGCUUAAACUGAGUUUUAUCUGUAUCACCUCUCACAUCUCAGUUCUGUUUGAUUUCUAUUUUCAAUUAAAGUAACACCAAAAAUGGGCGAUGUUUUCUCUUUGUUAAUAAUAAUAAAUAAAUGAAAAGUGGUGUCACAUCUUUUCGUGAUUAAUAUUAUAUCAUGCCUGUAAUAAAAUUUAUUUUGAAAUUUAA